AGCCAACACAGUAUUAAUACGCAGUUCAAGUGAUAUACAUCGUCAUUAUACUUAGCUGUUCUACUUGUUUUUUUCUUCUUCUUAAUUUUAUUCAAAAUGUUGAUUGAAAUUGUUUUGUUUUGUGCGACUGUGCUGUUUUCAUGCAUUUUAUAUAAACUAUAUAAAGUUGAUCGAUUUCAUUUUGAAAAACGAAAUUUAAAAUAUCGACCACUAUCGUACAGUUUGAGCAGUUUACCAAAAUUUUUCAUUCUAACAGCACCCGAAGCAGCCCAACGAACGUAUACUGCAUUUCCAAAUGAAUCAAUAUACGGUAUCGUUGGUAUUUCUGGUCCUGCGUAUGUCGUUCGUGACCCAGAAUUGGUAAAACAAUUUACAAUCAAAGAUUUUGAUUAUUUCGAAGAUCAUUCCACAUUGGUCGAUGAACACAGUGACAAGCUCUGGGGAAAUUCGCUGAUUAUGUUAAAAGGUAAAAAAUGGCGCCAGAUGAGAGCGACCUUGAGUCCGGCGUUCACUGGUACUAAAAUGCGAAAAAUGUACAAACUGGUGUCCGAAUGCGUCGAAGAGGUUGUCAAACAUUCAAAACAACGCAAUGAAAAACUUGAUGUUGAAGCAAAAGAUCUAUUCACUCGAUAUACCAAUGAUGUGAUUGCAUCAUGCGCUUUUGGCCUAAAAAUAAAUUCGCUCAUCGAACCAAAUAAUGAAUUUUAUUUGAAUGCCAAAAAAGUUUCAAGUUUUAAUAAUCCAAUUGCGGUGGCAAAAAUGCUGUUGCAUUUGAUGUUACCAAAUAUAGCGCGGGCAUUAAAAAUUCGAAUUGUGAAUCCAACCAUAUUCAAAAGUAUCAUCUUAGAUACGAUGGAAUUUCGACAGAAAAACAAUAUAUUUCGUCCAGAUAUGAUUAAUAUUAUGAUGCAAGUACGUGACGGAAGCUUAAAACAUGACACUGAAGAUGCAAAAGAGUCACCCGAAAAUUUUUCAGUGGUUCAAGAGUCUGAUGUGGGAAAGGCAACAGUGAAUAUCGCCUGGAACGACGAUGAAUUAGUCGCACAGUGUUUUAUAUUUCUCGUAGCAGGUUUUGAGACCACGUCAAAUAUCCUAUCAUUAAUGGCCUAUGAACUGGUUAUUAAUCAAGACGUGCAACAAGAAUUGUAUGAAGAAAUCGCUGAAAUGGAUAAAAACCUUAACGGCAAACCAGUUGAUUAUGAUGUAUUGCAGAAAUUGAAAUAUUUCGAUCAAGUUGUGUCGGAGGUUUUACGAAAAUAUCCACCUCUUGCACAACCAGAUCGCCUAUGCGUCAAAGAUUACGCAUUUGACGAUGGCAACAAUUUGAAAUUUACAAUAAAAAAGGGAUCCAGACUUUUUAUGACCACCUAUGGAAUUCAUCAUGAUCCAAAGUAUUAUCCAAAUCCAGACAAAUUUGACCCGGAGAGAUUUAAUGAUGAAAACAAAGGAAGUAUAAAAUCGGGAACAUAUCUUCCAUUCGGAAUUGGACCGCGCAAUUGUAUUGGUUCCCGUUUCGCUUUAAUGGAGAUAAAAGCCAUUUUUUAUCAUCUACUUUUGAAUUAUUCUUUGGAGGCGAAUGAGAAAACCGAAAUACCAUUGCAAUUAAAACGAACUCCCAUUACACCGUGUGCUCGAAAUGGAGUACACUUGCGACUUAAACCACGCAUCACAUAAAACUUAUGAUAUUACUUUAAUUGAAUGUUUGCUAAAAAUAAAAGUUCGAGUACUUCUAAUAAAUAAGCUUUAUUUUCCAAUGUUCACAUUUAGCACGAAA